GGUUAGAGUGUUUUGGCUGGUGGAUGUCUUGACGGAAAAGCUUAGGAUGAAAGAACCCUUGGAUGUUGGAUGGGGCAAAGCCAUGGCGCCACAGCAGGGGAUCCUGGACAAAAUCAAAGAAGAACCCGAUGAUGCGCAAGAGUAUGGACAUGCCCAACAGCCAAAAACUGAAGAAAGUGAACUGAAAAUUAGUGCUGUGUUUUCAGUAGGUGAUGGUCCUCUAGCUCAACAGUUCAGCCCAGCCUUUCAGCUGCCUCUUGUACCUCCUGGCCCCCAAAUAAUGCUCCCUCCAGUUCCAGCUGUGCCGCUUCAGGUGUUUUGUUCCGGUUGUAAGAAAAUGCUCUAUAAGGGGCAGACUGCCUAUCACAAGACAGGAUCCACUCAGCUCUUCUGCUCCACAACCUGCAUCUCCAGGAACCCUGCUCCCAGCUGCCAGCUGCUGCUCCCCAGGAAGACCUGCACAAACUGCUCCAAGAGCAUUUUAAAUGUAAAGGCUAUGGUUACUGCCCGCUCCGAGAAUUCCAUUCCCGGCAAAGAGUUCUGCAGCCAGUCCUGUCUGUCCUCUUACGAGCUCAAGAAGAAACCUGUUGUUACCAUCUACACCAAUGGCAAUUCAACCAGGUGCAGCAUGUGUCAGAAGAAUGCUGAUAUUCGAUUUGAAGUUAAAUUUCAAAACGUGGUACAUGAUCUUUGUAGUGAUGCCUGUUUUUCCAAAUUUCACUCUACCAACAACCUCACCAUGAACUGCUGUGAGAACUGUGGCAGCUAUUGCUAUAGUAGCUCUGGCUCUUCCCAGUCCCAGAAGGUUUUUAGUUCCACAAGUGUCACAGCCUACAAACAGAACUCAGCCCAGGUACCUCCAUAUGCCUUGGGGAAAUCAUUGAGGCCUUCAGCUGAAAUGAUUGAGACCACAAAUGACUCAGGAAAAACAGAGCUUUUUUGCUCUGUGAAUUGCUUAUCUGCUUACAGAGUUAAGACUGUUACUUCUUCAGGGGUCCAGGUGUCAUGUCAUAGCUGUAAAACUUCAGCCAUCCCUCAGUAUCACCUGGCCAUGUCAAAUGGAACUAUAUACAGCUUCUGCAGCUCCAGUUGUGUGGUGGCUUUCCAGAAUGUCUUUAACAAGCCCAAAGGAACAAACCUUUCUCCAGCAGUGCCCCUGUCUCAGGGCCAAGUGGUCGUAAAGCCGCCCUCUGGGUCAGCAGAGCGAGCAAGAGAAGGCACUGCUUCCACAGCUUCAUCGGUUGUCCCCAUCUCCGUCGGCGGCUCAGCUGCUGCCAGUCUCCAGUCUCUUGCUAUACAAUCCCAGCAAGUUGCUUUAUCCCAUGCAGUUGUUAAACUCAGGUGUCAGCACUGUAACCACAUGUUUGCCAGAAAACCAGAGCUCCUUUUCUAUAAGGGUAAAAUGUUUUUGUUCUGUGGCAAAACUUGCUCUGAUGUAUACAAAAAGAAAAAUAAAGUUAUAGCCAUGUGUGACUACUGUAAACUGCAGAAAAUUAUCAAGGAGACUGUGCGAUUUUCGGGGGUUGAUAAGCCAUUCUGUAGUGAAGUUUGCAAAUUCCUCUCUGCACGUGACUUUGGAGAACGAUGGGGAACCUACUGUAAGAGGUGUAGUUACUGUUCACAGACAUCCCCAAAUUUGAUAGAAAACCGUUUGGAGGGCAAGUUGGAAGAGUUUUGUUGUGAAGAGUGCAUGGCUAAAUUCACAGUUCUGUUUUAUCAGAUGGCCAAAUGUGAUGGCUGUAAACGACAGGGCAAGCUCACUGAGUCCAUAAAAUGGCGAGGCAACGUCAAACAUUUCUGUAACCUCUUUUGUGUCCUGAAGUUCUGCCAUCAGCAAGUUAUGAAUGACCCUCUUUCACAAAGUAAAGUACCUAUUUCUAAGGCACCAACUCCUUUGGUGGAGCUCCGCCCUGUGAGGAUGACCACAACCCCAGUUAUAACCAAAGUGGUAUCGUUGGCAGAAACACCUGCCGGACUCACUGUGGACACUAACACAGUUUUAAAAGCCACAGCUACUGAGGAGGCAGCAAAGACCAUAGAUGAUGAAAGUAUGCAAGCAGAUGCCACAAAACUCGCAUCUCCCCAGCUUCCCAUGGCUUUAAAGAACAAAGCCUUACUAUGCAAGCCUGUCACCCAGACGAAGGCCACCUCCUGCAAACCCCACAUCCAACACAAGGAGUGUCAAGCAGAUUUACCUGUGCCCAAUGAGAAAAAUGAUACAGAACUUGAUUCUCCACCUGCAAAGAAAAAAAGAAUAGGUGUUUUCCAGACUUACGAUGCAGAAUAUCUAAAGGUUGGCUUUAUCGUCUGUCCUGGCUCAAAAGAAAGUUCACCGCGGCCUCAGUGUGUCGUCUGCGGCGAGAUCCUACCCAGUGAAAGCUUGAAGCCAGCCAGUCUUUUUCAUCAUCUGAAGACAAAGCAUUCAGAACUACAAAACAAACCAGUAGAUUUUUUUGAACAAAAAUCUCUUGAAAUGGAAUGUCGAAACAGUUCUUUUAAAACAUGUUUACUAGUUGAAAACUCACUGGUGAAAGCUUCUUACUUAGUUGCUUUCCAGAUUGCUGCCAGCAAGAAGCCAUUGUCCACUGCUGAAGAAUUCGUUAAACCGUAUUUAGUAGAAACGUGUUCGGAGGUUUUGGGUUCAAGUGCUGGGGACAAGGUGAAGACCAUUCCUCUCUCUCAUAGUGCCGUCAGACACAGGAUUCAGGAGCUGUCUGCCGACAUUGAAGAGCAGCUCAUCCAGAAAGUCCGAGAGUCCGGGUGGUUCGCCCUGCAGCUAGACGAGUCGGCAGAGGUCUCGGAUGCCACCCUUCUUCUGUGCUAUGUUCGUUUCAUUGAUUAUGACUGUAAAGAUAUAAAAGAAGAAUUACUAUUUUGCCUUGAAAUGCCUUCUCAAAUGAGGGACUCUGAAAUGUUUGCACUAAUAAAUGGGUAUAUCAGUAGUAAAUCCCUGAACUGGAAACACUGUGUCGGGCUGUGUCUGGAUGGGGUGGCAAGCAUGACUGACAGGUGUUCUGCUUUAAGGGCCAAAAUUCAAGAAGUUGCCUUAAACCCAGUGGCGUUUACUCCUUGUCUUAUUCAUCGGGAGCAUCUGGCUGCAGAAAAGUUGUCUCCAGGCCUGCAUAAAACUCUUUUGCAGUCAGCACAGAUUAUAAGCUUUGUAAAGAGCAAUGCAUUGAACUCACGCAUGUUAAUGAUUUUGUGUGAAGAGAUGGGGUCCCAGCAUGUCAAUUUACCACUCCCUGCUGAAGUACGCUGGAUAGCAAGAGGGAAAAUUUUAACAAGAUUAUUCGAGUUACGACAUGAAGUUGAAAUAUUUUUAAACCAGAAGCAUUCAGAUUUAGCCAGGCAUUUUCGUGAUGAGGAAUGGGUUGCGAAGCUAGCCUAUUUGGCCGAUAUAUUUUCACUUAUAAAUGAAUUAAAUUUGAGUCUGCAGGGAACUAUGACCACUUUCUUCAAUUUGUAUAAUAAAAUCGAUGCAUUUAAGAAAAAGUUAAAAACAUGGCUGGGGCGCACGCAGGAGAAUGACUAUGACAUGUUCCCUGCAUUUUCGGAGUUCUGGAGUUCAUCAGACUUGCACAGCAGCAGCAUCAGAGACAUCAUCUUGGAGCACCUGGAAGGACUCGGUCAGGUGUUUGAGGCCUGUUACCCCAUGGCAGAAGAUGUUCGCGCAGGCAACUCGUGGAUCAUGAACCCUUUCACAAGCCACCAGCACAGUCACCUGAGCAGCAGGGAGGGGGAGAGGCUCACCCAGUUAUCGUCCGAUUCAGGAUUACAGUCAGUGUUUAAGUCUAUGCCUGUCACUCAGUUUUGGAUAAAUGCAAAGACAAGCUACCCAGAACUGCAUGAAAAGGCAAUGAAGUUUUUGUUGCCUUUUUCCACUGUGUAUUUAUGUGAUGCUACCUUUUCAGCUUUGACUGAGUCAAAACAAAGAAAUCUGUUGGCCUCUGGCUCUGCCCUGAGACUGGCAGUCACAUCUUUAAUUCCAAGAAUAGAGAAAUUAGUAGAAGACAAAGAAUAGCAACAUGCAUAUUUGCUUAUCGUCAAAGUCUAUAAUUUUGUGUUAAAUUUUGUAUAAGUAUCCUAAAAUAUAAUUUCCUAAUGUGGACUUGUGUUUUCAGUGAUUAAAGAAGUGUUUUAGUAACUUUU